AUGAAAGCUACAAUCUUGAGUUCGCUACUGCUUGCCUUGGGCAGCUUCGCACUGCCUGUUCCUAAGAAGGGCUACCACGACGUUGAGACUGCUGCCCGUGUCGCCAGAACAUUGGUCAAAAGAGAAUCUCUAGCAAAUCUGGCCACCAUCCAGAAAAAGGAUGGCGUCCCUGUUUCGUUCAUGGAAUACUAUGCUGAUUGCCAGGAUGACGGCGAGCCAACUUUCUUGCUUGUCAACAUCUCCUCGAGCCAGAGGAAUAUCGAUGAGGGUUCUAAAGUCUCUGUCUCCAUCAGAGUCGGCGAUCACCCAAUCAACGAUCACGUGAAUCCACACUACAUCGGAGGCAGAGUUCGUUCUCCUGCCGGCUCUCCACGCGUCAACUUGAAAGGUUCGUUUGUCCCUGUCGCUGGUUCUCCAGAAUUGGAUGCUUGUUUCGCUCUCAGACACCACGAUGCUCCAGCUUGGUACCCUGGCUCCCCUAUUCACGCAACGUAUUGGGCCAAAUUCCACGUCGAGGAAGUUUACAUCAUUGGUGGCUUUGGAGACGCAGCCUACAUUGGAGAGAUCCCUGCUGAUUUGUACUUGAACGCCACCACCUUCGACGAUGAGGAACUUUCUUCGCUUAUUGAGCUCCCAGAGCAGGAUUAUACUUUUCUCACACGCUUCGUGAAGGCCUUCUCCAGUUUCUUUGGUCUUCAGGAGAAUGAGGAUGAAGAGCAGGAGGGAUGCGACUUCGAGGACGAUGAGAAAUGGAAGCACUAUGGAAAGGACCAGAAAAAGUACUGGAAACAUUACGGAAAGGAGCAGAAAAAAUACUGGAAGUCUCACGGCGACGAGCCUGAGAGCCCAGAAGAUGCCGAAGUUGAUGCUAUGACUGAGGUUGACGACCCUGACUACUGGAAACACUAUGGAAAGGACCAAAAAAAGUACUGGAAACAUUACGGAAAAGAACAAAAAAAAUACUGGAAAUCUCACGGCGACAAGCCUGAGCAGCCUGAGGACCCUGAAUGCGAAGAAGUGGCUGAGGUUGAAGACCCUGACUACUGGAAGCACUAUGGUAAAGACCAAAAAAAAUACUGGAAACAUUACGGAAAAGAGCAGAAGAAAUACUGGAAGUCUCAUGGAGAUCAGCCUGAGGAGCCUGAGCAACCAGAGGAUGCCGAGGUUGACGCUAUGACUGAGGUCGACGACCCUGACUACUGGAAGAAACACGGCAAAGACCAGAAAAAGUACUGGAAGCAUUACGGCAAGGAUCAGAAGAAGAACUGGAAAUCUCACGGCGACGAGCCUGAGAACCCAGAAGAUGCCGAAGUUGAUGCCAUGACUGAGGUUGACGACCCUGAUUACUGGAAGCACUAUGGAAAGGACCAAAAAAAGUACUGGAAGCAUUACGGAAAAGAGCAAAAAAAAUACUGGAAAUCUCACGGUAAGGGCGAUGCCGGGGAGCAGCAGGUGAUAUUUGCUGACUAUUGAGACCGAUACCACACACCAGAGAACGCCAAUCUUUUAUUUAAAUGUUGUAACGAGC